AAUCUGUCUAUAUUUACAAUUUUAUUCAUAUAACUUGACAAUCCAUCUCAAUACAAAAACGGUGUCAUCUAGUUUGGUAGUUUCCCUUUGUAGUUGCAGAUGCCCUUUCCAAGCCCAUUUCCCAUUUGAGUAGCACCAGCACGUCUAUCCUGCUGUCCUUUUUUCCUGACAUUAGCCUCUCAUAAAUGUCGAACAAUCCACCUGUACCGCCACCACCCCAUUUUCCAGCACGAACGACGAAAAUAUCUGAAUCGACGACCUUCAAUCAUCCACUGUCUGAACUGAGUUGUGAUUUAACUAAAAAUGUUUUCACAGGCACCAAUUUAAAUCAGCAUCGAAACCAGCGAUUGACAUUCAAUACAUCCGGUGAGUGCGCCUGGGCUAUCCAAUAUCCCGAGAUCCAGAAAGCAUGCUACCUACGACAAGUUUGCCAAUUUGCGCCUCCUAAGGAGUUGCGCCUCCAAAAUGUUACUCCAAUUUUGCAGGUAGGACCAACCUGUGGAUUAACUGCCCUAAGUAUGCUCUUCGAAGGCGCACCUUCAGCAAAAACAUUUCUUGAGCUGGCCAUUGCCAAAGGGUAUUCCAACAACGGCGAAAUGUUCAGCACCAAACAGUUGAACGAACUGUUUGCUAUCGGAUUAGAUGAAAAUCGACACCUAGUAGAGUAUAAACCGGUGCAGCAUCACGUUAUUGCAGGCUGGAUGGAUGAACCGAGUAUACAAAUGCAGCUGAGAUGUGGGUCUAUCUUUUUGGUGCCAUAUGACCCGGAUCGUGAUCAUACUCCAUGCCUAAAUCGCGGACACAAAGCUCACUGGGCCCUUAUAAUUGGCUAUCUAAUUGACCAAUUCAAUGAUUUCUACGUAUUUGCUCGACAUGGGAAAACGAGAAACCUCGCUUUAUGGCCACUUCGAGACCUAGCAAAUAGUAAUGCAAAUUUAGAGGAAUUUUGCCAACCGAUAGGGCAUCCAAACGAAACAUUCGUAUUGCCAGAAGGCGGCAUAGGAGGACGGAAUGGUCUAAGAUGUAAAUUCAUCAUGAUAGAACAUUACAGGGCUAAGGAAGAAAUAAUUAUUUAGUUGUUCAUAGUCAGGCAGCUUUACUCGAUUUUUUAUCGCGCUCAAAGCGUAAUGGGCCACUUUAUUUCAUUGAAGGUAUUCAGUUAGUGUUACCGAGAGCUCUCAAUUGUUUAUGGGUAUUUAUUUAUUUAUUCUAUUCAAAUUCUAAUAUUUACUCAAACAUAGAUCUACAGAUAUUUUUAUUUUGCAAGAAUUGUGACAGAUUAAGCAGUAUUGAAAUUAUGUCACAUAACGCUGUAAAAAAUGGUUUUUAUGAACAAUAAUAUCUUUUGUGCACCCCUGCGUUUAUGCUUUGAAAAAACUAUUGCAAAUAAAUUGAUUUCAAAUGUACUUUGUUUAUUAAGACAUCUCUGAAAAAUUCGAAAUCCGUUUUCUUAAUAGUUUAGGACAAAAUUUAACCUACUAUUGCAAGACCUUCAUAAUUUUGCUAUAUAGGUAUUUUGUAAUAUCAACGAAAACAU